AUGGCGCCUGCUCCCGUGGAGUCCGCUUCGCCCAUUGGCAUUGCCAAUCUGCCCAACCAGCGGCACAAGAUUGUUGCAAAGAGAGGCGCAGCCUUCACUAUCAUGGUCGCUGGCGAAUCCGGCUUAGGGAAGACCACCUUCAUCAACACCCUUUUCUCCACCACCAUCAAAAACUAUCAGGACCACAAGAGACGACACGCAAAGCAGGUUGACAAGACUGUUGAGAUCGAGAUCACAAAGGCUGAGCUGGAAGAGAAGUUUUUCAAAGUGCGCUUGACCGUCAUCGACACACCUGGCUUCGGUGACUAUGUGAACAAUCGCGACUCUUGGAUGCCCAUCAUUGAGUUUCUCGAUGACCAGCACGAAUCAUACAUGUUGCAAGAGCAACAGCCUAGGCGACAGGACAAGAUUGACCUUCGAGUUCAUGCCUGCCUUUACUUUAUCCGUCCUACUGGCCACACCCUGAAACCACUAGACAUCGAGGUCAUGAAGCGCCUCUGCACUCGCGUCAACCUUAUCCCAGUCGUCGCUAAGGCCGAUACUCUAACUCCUGCCGACCUUGCCCGCUUCAAGCACCGCAUUCGAAAUGUCAUUGAAGCACAAGGCAUCAAGAUCUACCAACCUCCCAUCGAAGACGAUGAUGAAGCUGCGGUUCAGCACGCGCGCGCAUUGAUCGCCGCCAUGCCAUUCUCUGUUAUUGGUAGUGAAAAGGAUGUGAAGACCCCGGAUGGUCGUGUGGCCAAGGGUCGACAGUACAUCUGGGGUGUUGCGGAGGUUGAGAACGAGGAACAUUGUGAUUUCAAGAAGCUGCGCUCCAUUCUCAUCCGAACGCACAUGCUCGAUCUCAUCCACACUACCGAGGAGAACCAUUACGAAGCAUACCGCGCCCAACAGAUGGAGACGAGGAAAUUCGGCGAAGCGAGACCCCGCAAAUUGGACAACCCGAAGUUCAAAGAGGAAGAAGAAGCCCUCCGAAAGCGAUUCACAGAACAGGUCAAGGUGGAAGAGCAACGUUUCAGAGCCUGGGAACAAAAGCUGAUCGCAGAGCGAGAUCGUCUGAACAAGGAUCUGGAAGCCACCCAUGCCGCCAUCAAGCAGUUGGAACAGGAGCUUGAGCAGAUGCAAGGCAGUGCAGUCCGAAGCCACGGUCGUCGUUAA